GUUGAUGUGUUAUAGUAAAUGACAUUCCAAAUUUUAUAAAUAGAAAUAUUAUUACUAUAUUUUGUUUAAUCUAUUGUAAAAUGAAAGAAUUGAAAUACGGAAAUUGAUUGAAAUUUCACAACGGCUCUUGAUGUCACGGUUAUAGAAAAAGUGUGCUCUGCAGUAUAUGAAAGUCACUGAAGCAGUUUGCCGGUUAAAAGGACGUAUUGGAAAAUCGAAUUGUACUUUUUACCUGUAUUAUUGCUUUCAGUUGAUUUUCAAAGUUUGAUGAUUAUUGAUCCGUAUAUAAUUUGAAACCACAACAAACAAACAAAAAUCAAUUAAAACUUCGGACCCUUUUUGCAAGCAUAUCAAUUUAAUUGGAUAUAAUAUAAUUAUGUCAUUGUCAGCUGUGGAAGACCAUUACCUACCACAUGAUUCAUUGGAGUAUUUCAUAAAAUUUCCACCGCCAAUAAGUGCACUUAGUAAGGCAUAUCCAUCAAAUGAGUGUUCAGAAUGUGAUUUUAAUUUUGCCAGUGAUGAAAGUAAUACACCAAUUGUGUUGCUUUUGGGGUGGGCUGGUUGCCAAGAUAAAUAUCUCAUUAAAUAUUCAAAAAUCUACGAAGAUCGAGGUUUGAUUACUGUUCGAUACACUGCGCCCGUUGAGAAUAUAUUUUGGAAACGAGAUGCCAUGAAGUCGAUUGGUCAAAAAAUCGUUAAAUUAUUAUACGAUAUGAAUUUUGAUGCGAAUCCAAUAAUUUUACACGUAUUCUCGAAUGGCGGCGCAUAUUUAUAUCAACAUAUCGAUUUGGCAAUCAAGGAAUUUCAAACACCGCUUGAUAUCUGUGGUAUAAUCUUUGAUUCGUCGCCAGGAGAUCGACGCCUUCUUUCAUUAUAUCGGGCUGUAUCGUCUAUUUAUGGCAAAGAGCGACGAUUUAGUUGCAUAAUUUCCUGGGGUAUAACUUUGGGAUUAGCAGCAAAAUGGAUAUUCGAGGAUCUGUUCUUGCGGAUAAAAGGGAUGUUUUCAUCAAAAUCAACACCAAGUGUUAAUCCGUAUAACGACUUAAUGUACCUUGACAAUUACAUACCGCAAUUGUUUUUGUAUUCAAAUGCCGACAAACUCAUUCUACCUGGUGAUGUUGAAUCAUUUGCAUAUUUUCGACAGAGCAUUGGUGUACCAGUAGAGACUGUUUGCUUUCAUGAUGCCGAACACGUUAAGCUAUUCAUUAAAUAUCCACAAAAGUAUAUACAAUGCGUAUGCACGUUCAUCAGUAACUGUUUGAUGACAAUUCCACUUCAAAUGGAAGCAAUUAAAAAGUUCAAUUAGACACCAUUUUGAGAACAAAAACAUAUAUUUUAUUUCGGACUUGAAUUUUGCAAGCAGAUUAGUUAAGCUUACCGUAUGAAAAAACACAGUCUUUAUCACAGUGUAGUAUUUUCUCCUUCUAAAAAAGAUGUUUCAAUCAAAAGAACUGCUUUAAUUAGAGUAAAAAAAAUGCUGAUUCGUUACAUAACAGUUAAAAAUAUAAAUUUAUUAGUAUUUUCUACCAAAAAUAUAAACAAUGUUUGUCUCUGGUUAUUUGGUUUUUUUGUUGUGGUUUUUUCCAGAAAAAAAAUUCUAGUCUAGAAUUGUGUCCAAUUGUAUCUUGUGUUUUAUAUCCUGUCUCAUUGUAAUAAUUUAUGGAUGUAGGCGCGAACAAAAUGCUCACAAUUAAAUGCAAUGUGUAUGUACUCCUUUUUGCCUGUAGAUAUUUUUAUUAUGAAAUACAGUUCUUUCAAAUGAAAUCCAAAUAUAAAAUACACCAUUAA